AUGAGGAGCCGGAAGCUCACAGGGGCAGUGCGGUCUUCAGAGCGUCUGCGAGCCCGGAGUUGCUCAGCCAGGCUGACCUCUGCCCAGGAAGUCAGGGCCGCCGCGUCCGGCAGGACAGUAUGUCAGACUUCCUCCCACAAAGCCACGGACAGGCGGACUUCCAAGAAGUUCAAGUGUGACAGAGGCCAACUUGUGAAGUCGGAAUUACAGAAACUGGUCCCUAAGAGCGAGAGUGGGAGUGGGGCCCUGCCCCGGGCGCCGCCGGAGACCCCCGGCGGGAAUGAGCCCCCGGCGCCCCCGGCGCCCCCGGGGGAGGAAGCCGGCCUCUCUGCUCCGCGGGGGAGCGCAGGCCUUCCCUUCGGGCACGGCCGGGUCGUGAGUGACGUGUGCUCAGCAAGGACUGUGGACAGCCCGCCCCGCGCCCUCCCCGGAGGGGAGUCGGACAGCAGCUCGGCCGCGGGGGGCUCCGUGCUGCAGAUGGACGGCAGCGCCCUCCUGGACGACGACAGCAGCCAGCCCAUGCCCGUGAGCCGGUUCUUCGGGAACGUGGAGCUCAUGCAGGACCUCCCACCAGCGUCUGCGUCCUGUCCCUCAGUGAGCAGACGGGAGUUCAGGAAGAUGCAUUUCAGAGCCAAAGAUGACGACGAUGAGGAGGACGCGGAAAUGUAG